CUGUCAGACUGUGGGCAGUUGACGCCAUCAGUUCAGUUGCCUCAGGCUCCAGACAGGAGGAGCUAAUCGUCGAGAGGUUGCUAACCUAACAGUCCAUCAAAUAUGGCCAGCCGGUCGGGCAUGAGGACCCUCUGUACCAGGCUAUAGUGGUCAUCACCCCCAGUCCAAGCCUGACAGUGAGGAUGGAGAAGAUACUUCCAUGACCUCCUUUGGUGUUGCCGUCCGAGGCCUCCCCCUGGCCUUGGCAUCCAUGACCCAAGCUGCCUCCUCAGACUCACGCUUCCACCCUAAAUGGCGGGCGAUUACUGUGGCCACCCUGCUGGCUUUAGUGCUCAUGUUGUACCUGCACCGGACAGUCGGGGACAGAGACACUGUCACCAGAGGUUACAACCGCAACAGGUUUCACAGUUUGCAACUGCACAGUGAGGGUGACGGUGACGUCUUCAGGGACAUUAACAGACAAACUGCACGAGGCCUCUCCCGGCACCAAAGAGCGGAAAAACCUUACAAUGACACAUACCCGUUAAGUCCUCCAGAGAAGACAAAGCAUGGCAUUCGUUACCGGAUUGGUGUGGUUGCAGAUCUGGACACAGCGUCACGUAGCUCUAAGGAUCAGACGUGGUUCAGCUACAUGAAAAGAGGGUACCUGACUGUUUCGGACAGCGCUGACAGACUGGAGGUGGCGUGGGAUGCUGAGACCGUCACACUGGAGAGUCAUCUGGCUGAGAAAGGACGAGGUAUGGAGCUGUCUGAGCUGGUGACGUUCAACGGUCAGCUGUACAGUGUGGACGACCGCACAGGCGUGGUGUACAGGAUUGAGGGCAACCAGGCUGUUCCCUGGGUUAUAUUACCUGAUGGGGAUGGCUCAGUCUCCAAAGGAUUCAAAGCAGAGUGGCUGGCAGUGAAGGAUGAGCACCUGUAUGUUGGCGGCCUGGGGAAAGAGUGGACCACAACCUCUGGAGAAGUUGUCAACAACCACCCAGAGUGGGUGAAAGUUGUGGGCCACCAUGGUGAUGUGCAGCAUGAGAACUGGGUGCCACACUACAACGCCCUGCGGAGCGCAACAGGGAUACAACCACCAGGCUACCUUAUCCAUGAAUCAGCAGCGUGGAGCGAGCGUCUCCAGCGCUGGUUCUUCCUCCCUCGCCGUGCCAGUCACGAGCACUACGAAGAGACAGCAGACGAGCGGCGCGCCACCAACCUCCUCCUGUCCUGCCCCGCAGACUUCAGCUACAUAACAGUGCGGCACGUUGGACCCCUCAACCCAACCCACGGCUUCUCCUCGUUUAAAUUUGUCCCAGACACAGACGAUCAGAUAAUUCUCGCCCUGAAAUCAGAGGAGGAUGCAGGCAAGAUUGCCACCUACAUCAUUGCGUUUACGCUAGACGGUCGGGUGCUUAUGCCCGAGACAAAGAUAGGGGAUGUGAAGUUUGAGGGGCUGGAAUUCAUUUGAGGACGGCGCUGAAAGUGCACACAGUCCUGGAGGAUAAAUAAAUCUGCAGGUGUCCUCUGUAGUUUAGACUGGACUGUACACGUGCAACACUGUUCCUUUGAGUCCUUAGUAUUACAUUCCCCUCAGUUCUACUGUGCAAUAAUGUCGUAUGACCCAAAAAUAUAUAUUUUAUAAUUAUAUUGUGUGAUAAAUGAGAGGAGCAAGAGAAAGGGCAGGAGAAUGCUGCAUCACAACCAGGGAGGACAAUUAAGUGUCACCACUUCAGUUUAUAUGUGACAUGUUAAGGCGACACAACUGACUCGCUGUUACAGAAACAGUCACCACCCAAUAAGAUUUUAAACACUUUUAUAAUUAGACACUACUGAUAUUCCAGAGGAGUCGGGGUAAAAAGAAAACUUUAUAUACGAGUAGCAGUCAGUCUAUCAAACACGGGGGGCCAGAUGCAUAAAACUCUGUGUAGAUUCAUGACUAAAACUGUGUGUAGGCACAAAGGCAGAAAUGUGCACAUGCAUUAUUUUCGUCCGAUUUAUAAAGCUGUGCGGCACCUGAUCCUGUUCUCUAAAUCUUGAUGAUUGUGGCACAUGCACAAGCCUGAUUUCCACACCCACAGUUCGCCAUAAAUGCUUGUAGAAAUGCCCUUAAACAUCUGUUUGCAUAUCUAUACCACCACUCAUUAGACUUGUAAAUAAGACGCACGAUAAAGAAAAUGCAAUUUUAUGAACUGUCGCGUCAGUGAGGGCCUCUAAUGGUAGCAGAGCAGCUGUCAAUACACACAGCUGUGGAUAUUUGUAGCUUCUAUUUCACCAAUUGAUCACAUAUCUGCAAACCAUCAUCACGGUAAAAUCUCAAUCAUCAUUAUUGUUAAACGUCAGAAGGAUGAUCAAUGAUACAUUCAUAGCGCUCAUGUUGAAACUGACUUUAUAAAGUGCUUCACAGGACAAUAUCAAAUAAUCACUAACGGAGAUGAAUGUGAAUAAAAAUGAUGACGAAACUCACCACUCAAACACUUAAUUUAUGAAUGUGCCUUAGAUUGAAAUGUUACAGAGCACUGUUUAGACUGCAAAAACAAUAUCACAGUCAGUGAUGGUGAUAACCUAAAAAUGUUAUCUGUUUCUCAACUUGUUUUUAAUCUCCUCCUUAUCAUUUCACCCGAAACUAGCUCAGCUAAAAACGUGUGUACGCCUGGUUGGAAGAAUGUGUGAGUUGCGCACAUUCUUCCUUUAUAGGUACCGGUUAUUGUGGUAUAAGCAUAUUUCUUUUGCAAACACAUCAUUUAUGCAUCUGGCCCCGGGUAAUGUGGAUCUCCUCUCCUGCAGCCAAACUCUGCUGGUCAGACACUCAGGGGAACAAACAGGAUAAAAUAUUUUAAAGAAGAGAAACAAAUGUCCUUCAGUUACUUGAAAUAUUAAACUCACUCAUUGCAUUAUGUUUUAUCUUCAUUUUCAGACACACUGAAGUCUCUGUUAUUUGAUUUCUAUUGAUGUAAUGGGUCUAAUUACUGGAUGCAUAUCAACUUCUGAUUCAUAAAGCACAUGUGAUGAGUUCUUCUGAGCAGGUCCACAAAUGGUUCUCACACAUUUUAAUAGACUGAAUAUCAUUAGUUUCUUAAGCCAGAGAAUAAUUGAAACACCAGCUAUUUUAUUUAAACAGUAACCAUUCAUAUAUUCAUUUUGUACCCUCUCAAAAUACAAAGAAAUAAAUUAUCUCGUUUGAA